GUACCGGUCGCCAGGCAGGAGGGCCGCCAGAAACCUGUCUUGAGCCUGGCAAUUACGAGAUUACUGACCACAUUGUCACUUAAUCAUUACAAAACAUGUUACAUGAACACAUUUGCUCAAGCUUGAAUUACAAAAUAACGAAGUGUCAUUGAUAUAUAUAUGCUAAAACAAGGGUUAGCUUAAAGUACAACUAGGCAACUAUGAUCAGUCUCACUAACCAAGCAAGGUGCUGCCACUGCUCAGGCACUAUGAGUGAACAGUGUUAUUGCCUCCGCUGGAACAAUUACCAGAGCAGUGUCGUGGGUGUUCUACGUAGUCUGCUUGAGGAGGGACAGUUUGUGGAUGUCACCCUGGCUUGUGAUGGACGAAGACUCAAAGCACACAAACUUAUGCUCUCAGCUUGUUCUAAUUUCUUCCGGGAACUACUGAAGGAAAACCCAAGUGAUCAUCCUAUUGUGUUCCUGCGUGAUGUAAGAUUCUGGGAACUGGAGUCCAUCAUGGACUUCAUAUACAAUGGACAAGUCAAUGUGAUGCAGGACCAGCUGCCGGGCUUCAUCAGGACAGCUGAGGCACUGCAGAUCAAGGGUUUGGCAGCUGUCAAUAAUAACAACAAUAAUAUCCAUGCCAAGCCUCCAGACCCUCGGCUGUUUUGUGGUGAAGGUGGGCGGUUGCCAGAGCACUAUUACCUGGGUGGAGGAGCAGAAAUUGGAGGGGAACUGCACCACCCACCUCCCCUCAAACGCCCCCGCCGGCCACCACCAUCCACACAUACACUUCUCCCUCCAAGGCCCGAGAACCCAUCUUCCGUGUCCAAGCUGGAUGACCUUCCCUCCAAGGCAGCCAUGGCCCCAACAACUCCAGCCCAGGGCUCCCCAAAAACACCAGCCACCACAUCAGACCCAAGUAGGAGUGACCCUGUUACUGCUACUGCUGCCCCUGGCACCACACCUCUCUCUGCCUCCACACCAUCUGGUGUAACUACCAGCCCCAGAGGAACUAGUGUUGGAGAUCGACCAAGUAGCUUGGUGAAAUGGGAAGAAGACCGCACAUCCACACCAACUGAUGCUGAAUCAGAUUCUGAGUUUGGAGCUUCUGAAGGAACAGGAAUAGGUGGAGUUGAUGGAAGUAAAGAUGGGGACUGGGUGAUGGGAGAGAGCCAAGCACCUCUCAGUCUUAACUUAAACUACAGUGAUGGAGGGUUCCCUGUGUGUAAGGUGUGUGGAAAGGUUUUCAAGCACCAAGGUUCCCUAGUUGCACACUAUCAAGUUCAUCAACUGAGAACAAAAUGCCCAGUGUGCAAGAAGGUGUUGUCUCGGCACUAUCACAUGAAGGUCCAUCUGUUAACUGUCCACAAGGUGCCUGAUGCCGAGAUAGAAGGUCUCUUGCGAAGCCAGAACAUUGCCUGAGGAAAAAGAAUGUUAGGUGUGGAUGCAUGAAGUUAGAGUGUGUGUGUGUAUGUGUGUGUGUGUGUGUAAAUUUUGUGUACAUGUAUGUAUAUUAUUUCCAUUUAUUAAUGAUGAUUAGAGCUGAAAUGUAAAUACACAUGUAUUUAUUCUUAUACAUUAGUGACAAUUUGAGAUAAAUAAGGUACAGUUACCAUAAUUUACAAGGAAUUAAAUACUUGACAAUACCAAUUGCAGAAGUCUAGUCCAACUACAACCAGAAUUGUAAAUAGUUUGUCAUGCUUCCUCAAAACAAAUAUGUUUGGUCAAAUACACUUGUUACCAGAGUUGUGCAACAGCUAGCGCUGUCAUUGGUGCUACAUAUGAUAUUCCGGUGAUGCUGGUACUGUUAAAACUGUGGCAGAUACAUUUAUAUAUGAAAAAUAAAUCUCCUAUGAAUAUAUAUAUAUAUAUAUAUAUAUAUAUAUAUAUAUAUAUAUAUAUAUAUAUAUAUAUAUAUAUAUAUAUAUAUAUAUAUAUAUAUACAUAUAUAUUUUAUAUGUGUGUGUGUGUGUGUGUGUGUGUGUGUACAGGCAACCCCUGCUAUUCUAGAGGGUUACAUUCCAAUGAAUGGGGUCAAAUUACAUCAUGUCAAGUAAUGAAUCCUCUUCUCCCAUGAGAAUACAUGUAAAAAGGGGAGUAAUGUGCCUGACUACCUCCCUGAUCCCAGAAAAAAAAUUAUGUUUAAAUAU